CAUCUCCAAGACAUGAAGAUGCCUAUACUAUGUACUCCGUACUAUCGACGCUUUCUCCGCGGUUUUAUUGGAGAAGCUACCUCCCUUCCAGCGGGGUGUGUGGCACGGCGUAAGGAGACGGGGGAAACGAUCAAAAUCUACAGGUCCUUUUUUCGCCGGUCGGGGCUGAGAUGCUGCAAAAAAAAAAAAGAGCGCUUGGCCAGCUGGGCGAUCAUGAGCUCGUCUCCUCUUCCAGGCAGAGUGUCUCGCCCGCAAGGCGCCUCUUCCCGCAGCGCCCUAGCGUCGGGUAGGGCAGCUGAGAUGACGUACGUUGCAGCCCAGUUUCUUUAUCCGGAGAGCCAUGAAAUAUCACCGCUUGGUGAUAUCCGAGAAUUCGCAUCUUGCUUUGCCACACAGCCUUCCGAAAAAUCUGAUAUGGCUUUCUUGCCUUGCGCAACUGCACUUCAGCUGGAUUAAGCUUGUUUCGCCAAGGAUGUUGUCGGCAGGGCCGUCGACGAUGAUGUCGCGUCACGUGACUUGCGGCGGACCGUUCGGUUCAGAGCCAGUGCUUAGAGAGCUUGGAGUAUACGAGAGCGUUCGAUUCGCGCGUAUCUCGGUGAUGUUGCCGGUGCAAGCAAUAUCGCGUCCAGAAAGAGUGCUCUGUUUAUCAGGUCUCAGUCCCGGGCCGAAGCGACGCUUGCUCCCCAGAAAAGGCGCCCUUCUUAAACAGGAGAGACACGCAAAGAAGGGGGUAAAGAAGAUAACGCUGGUCAGCUUAUGUAUUAGUAGUGCCGUUCCAUCAAAUACCCAAAUGCGCUUCCCCCCCGAAAAUACGUGCCCUCUUUUAAUACAUGUAUCAACGGAGUUCCACCGAGAUAGCUGGCACAAAAAUCGCUCUGGGCCACUCAGAUUAUUAUUAAACAUCGGCCCCCAUACCUUUAGGCAGGAGAGCUCAUUACCGGAGGAACCGCCUGUACCGGAUUUGGCGCGUGCCGUGGAAGCGCUGCUUCUGGACUGGAGACUAGAGAUACGGAGCAUACUAGCAGUCAAUGGCACCAAGUACUAGCACAGGUGCUAGUGGCGGUGCGCGUACGGAGUACCUGCAGCAGUUUUCUCCGAUGCGCGGAAAUCGAUAUCCGGCGUUCUCCACGAUGGUCCCCGCCGCGGUGAAUGAAGAGGAAAAGGACAAGUCUAGAAGUCGCGGA